UUGGGCUCAGGUGAUGUGAGCUCAUGUCUUGCCAUCCUCAUUUCUACACAUUGCAGAGUGAAAUUGUAGUCCAAAAGGCGCCACACAUUCACGCAUUUUGCCAGGGCUACUCACACGAUCACCGAGUUGUUAUGCCAACCAUGUGAAAUUUUUGACGAAAUAAUUCAAGUUAUGUUCUUGCAUUGUUGUUCGAAAUCGUUGAGUUUCAGACAUUCAUGGUUGUUCAUUGUCAAGUAGAUGUUCACUUUCUGGACAUCAUUGCCUUGAGAAAGUAGCUGUUGAAUGUGGAGGGUGGAUAAACUAAAAGAAAUUCUGUCUUCAGGUGCACUGAAUGGAUAAGUUAUUUGUGCAUGCGAUCUAUUUUUCCGUUUCUGGAGACUGAAAUCUAGUCGACAAAACGUAUUGAAUGUUGUGCAUUGCAUCAGACGAGCAUUCGUGAAAUGUCUAUUAUAGAAGAAGAACUAUCCAGGUUUAGGAAGGAUGUUGCCGAGCACGUCCCAGGGAGCGAGGUGGUGUGCUGUGUACGCAGUUCUGUGCAAGUUCGACUGCGGAGAACCGAUUUCAAAACCCUGGUCGUGCAGGCGCAAUUCCCUGCCGAUUAUCCAGCUGGCCGAAUCGUGGUGGAGCUGAAGAGCAAAACUAUUCCCACGAAGUUUUUAGAUGGCCUAGUGAGCGCCUGCGACGCGGAGACAAAGAAGCUCCUAGGCCAGAAGCAACUGCUACCAGUAGUGAAGUUUGUAAGAGCGUUCAUGGAUGAAAACCCACUGAUGGCAUGCUCUGAUGAACUCUCCCAUAUCCGCAAAGACCUAGUCAGACCCUCUGACGAGAUAAAAGUCAACAGAAAGGCUGGCACGAUAGUAAUGAGAGUUGUGGAGGGUAACUAUGCCACACAGUUCAAGCUCAUCGUCCCGGACAACUAUCCAGCCGAUCCGGUGAAGAUGGAGCUGAAGACCAGCAGUCUGCCGAGUGAGUUUCAGGUGUACAUGGCGGGGCAGUCUGAGGAGCUGGCACGCCAGUGUGUACAGCCACCGCUCCGGCCAAAGCCGCGUGCACCGCCGUUCACGCCUGCUCCGUCGCUGCGACGCGUGGCCACGUUCCUGGUGAUGGAGUGCGCCCGCGUCUAUCCGAUGACAUGUUGCCCGCUGUGCAAGGCACGCUGCUUUCCCGACGACCCUGCACGGAUCGUAGAGGACCUGGAAGAUGCGCAGCAUAUCGAGCGUAUCCUGUGCAAUCACCUGUACCACCGUAAGUGCCUAGAUGACUACAUGAAAACACCGCCCUUCAAAGGUGGUAAGAAGUGCAAGGCGAAAGGCUGCGAGCAGCGCAUAUUCCAUGAACGCUGGAACGUCUCGGAAAAGCUGGCCGAGGACCGCUGGGCACAUCAGGAGGCCAAGCGUCGCGAAAUUGAUGAAGUCGUAGAAUUCCUCGGCGUAUAGCAGGCCUGUGUGCGUGCGUGUUUGUGUAUUGGGCUUGCAUGCUGGCAUGCUGGUGUGUGUUCAUGGUGAAAAUCUGUAAGUCUUGUAAAAUCUGCUUCUAUUUUUAAACUCACAAAAUGUCAUUGUCGCUGAUUGGAUUAUUUUCCGCAUCGCUACCCAGCAUUCCAGCUACCUGUUCUCCAUCCAGUUUUGUGUAUUCAGCUGGCUGAUUUGUGUGUCUCGUAUUUAAUUGCUGCAUUGAGUCUAUUGCCUUGACCUA